UACUUCGCGCGAAAUCAGCCUCUCAGUGACUUUUGUACGAACGUGGCAUUCAGUCGCAAUGGACGCACGUAAAUUUUCCACCCACGUACUUGAUACUUCGGUAGGAAAGGCUGCCGCAAGUGUUAGGGUAACAAUUUCUGUCCUGGAUGAGAUUCAAGAGUGGAGAUCCCUCCGAGCAGCCCAAACCAAUGCGGACGGUCGUUUUCAACUUUUGGAGGCCGGGGAGUUUCCCAGCGGAGUCUACAGGCUAACGUUUCAUGUGGGAUCAUACUUCGCAGAGCGCUAUGUAAAAACCCUGUAUCCAGCUAUAGAUAUCAUUGUGGAGUGUAGUGAAAAUCAAAACUAUCACAUUCCUUUGCUACUUAAUCCCUAUCACUAACCAUACACUAUAUAGAUGUGCCAGUUCACACAACGAAAGCGUCACACACUGGCUAGCGCGUUCAGUACCCCAGAGUGACGUCAUCA